AUGGUGAAUGGCGUGUUUUCCUUUGUCGCUACCGUAUCCUGGGCGUUGUCAGCUGCAUUCAUGUUUACACUUGGUGCAGGAUGUGGUGGAUAUAUGGCAAGUGUUCAGGUAACCAAUCUCGUUUUACUUGUGGAAUGUCUCGACCACCACCCUAGUUCAAGACUUCUGGGAGUGUCACUAAACGGAUGGAGUUUUUCUAUGCAGAUCUGGGUUGUUGAAAGCUGCCGCUGGCUAGCUAGCGUACAUCGUAGUGCUGAAGCUCGUUCGAUGGCCCUUCGAGUGGUGUCGCAUCGGUCUGAUGUAGUGGACUCCAUGAGAGGUUUCUCCGAACCGGCGUUGUCAGUUUCGAAUGCCAAAGUUUUGUCAGAGCGGUAUUCAUACGCAGAUCUUUUCAGGUAUGGAUUAGGAUUCUCUUCCAGAGACUUCGAUUUUAGAGGCUCCCAGUGUUCCAGGGGUGGUUUGCCGGGAUAG